AUGGCGGCCACAGCAGCAGCAGGCUGCAAGCGCCACGUCCUUCGUCCGCUACCCUCGCCCGCCGCGGCGGCUCGUUUAACUCCCACGAGAACGGCAGUGACGCUGUCUGCGCGUUGCGCAUCAAAGCUUCCCGCCGUCCGUGCUACCGCUGCGCCAUCCGCGGGGAAGCAGCAGUCGCCGCCGGCAACGGCGGGGCCGGCGCAACACGCGGCGAUGUCGCACGGCGCCCGCGGGAGCAAGGACACUGCGAUACGCGCGACGCCGUCGUUAUCCGUCAUCGAGCGGGAAGUCACUUCCCCAGACGUUAACGGAACUUCUGCUUCCGUCAAUCUGUCGAAGCAACAACUGGAGCUGGAAAUCCUGCCUUCGUUCGCGCCGCAAGAGCUCACAGCCGCAGCAGACAUCUCAGAAGCCUUCCUCUCUCCGGAAUCCUCCGCACUUCUGUCGCUGCCGGUACUCGAACCCGCGACCUCUCCGCAACGGCAAGAGCCCGAGGCGGAGGCGGCGGAGGAACGCGGAAACAACAGCAGCAGCGCUGAAGUAACGAAUGAUGCGGGAAAACAAAAGGAGGACGAAAGCUGGGGCAGGCUGAUGGCGCAGGCUGGGUACUCGAAGCGCAUGGAGGCAAUCGGCGAUCAGUUCUUUGAAUCGGACUUGCGGCCUGUCGUCCUCUUCGAUGGCGUGUGCAACCUGUGCAACAAGUGGGUCAACUUUCUUCUCGACUAUGACCCCCACGGCAACCUGCGCUUCGCCUCGCUGCAGGGCGACUCGGGGAAGGCCCUUCUCCGCCGCGCUGGUCGCGACGAGAACGACCACUCGGACAUUGUCCUCGUCGCACACAACAAGGCCUAUUUCGGCUCCGAUGCAAUCCUCCAGAUCUUCUCCCGGCUGAAGCCACCUUUCCCUCUGCUGGCCGCCGCGGGCCACAUCACGCCGCACGCACUCCACAACUUCAUCUACAAGCACGUCUCUGAAAGCCGUUACACGCUCUUUGGCAAGGCUGACGCAUGCCGACUGUUUGACCCUCGGUUCGGACAACGGUUCUUGCCUAGUGACCUGAGUCAAGAGUAA